ACAACCAGACGCAGCUGAACAGGAUGGAGAAGAAGACGAAGGAUCACAUUAUAGAUACCCUAGACGACCUGGAUGACAAUGGACUAAAUCGGUUCAAGGACAAGCUGGGCGACACGUCGUUCCAGGAGCGCAAAAUCGCCAAGGGGACGCUUCAGCAUGCGAACAGCGUGGAGGUAGCUUGUUUGAUAAUGAGCACCUUCACCGAAACGCACGCCGCUGCGAACACGAUCGCCGUUUUAAAUGCCAUUAACCAGGCACAACUGGCUGAACAGUUGAAAGAAAAGGUUAAAGCCGCGCCACCACCCAAAAAAAGGACAAAAUCGCCGUGUGCGGACAACAUCGGUACAGUAAAGGAAAUGAAUGGAGGAAGUGAGAGGCGGACUGGAGUAUUGCACCAAUCCAGGAGGGCGACGCAGACGGACGAUGAAUUUAACAGACUGACGGCACAGAGAGAAAUGAAUGGAGGAAGUGAGAGGUGGACUGGAGGAGUAUUACACCAAUCCAGGAGGGCGAUGCAGAUGGACAAUGAACUUAAGAGACAGACGGCACAGAGAGCUAAGUGUCGUUCUCAUCUAAACUUUAUAGAUACUUGUAUAGAUAAUGCAGUAGUUCCAACUGGCUUUAAAAUAAAACUAAGCGUAAACAUGAAGACUAGUGAAGCAGAAAGAUUAAAUGUAAAUCAGAUAUUAAAAGAGACUUCGUUUAAGGUAAUGCAGGAAGCUAAAUUGACAUUGGCAAGACGAAUUAGAGAAAUAAGUAAUGAAAUAGAGAUAGUAAUAAAUGACAUGAAUUGCAUGUUCCCUCCAUCAGAAAUGAGACAGUUACUUCGUAAAGUAGACAACCUUGAGAACAAAACACUAGAACAUUUGAACAACAAAAAGUUAAUGAAAUUACACAAAUUAAUAGGUCAACCGGGAUUACAAAAUAGAAUAGGUCUAGAAAAAAUAAAAAUUUCAAAUCAUAACAAUUCCGAGAAUAAGGAAAACACUGUUGAAACACUUUCGAAUAGAAUGCUUGAGCAAUGCGAGUAUAAGAGUUAUGACGACUACAACAUAGUUCAAAAAGAGAAGGACGGGAACUGUUUCUUUAGAUGUUUAGCUGUAGUUUUAUACGGUUCACAAAAUGACCAUCGAACAAUUAGACAUAAUGUAAUAGAACUAAUGGAAAGCAAUAUGAAACAAUAUGAAAUGAACAUCGACUCAGUGACCCAUAUUGAAAAAAUGAAAUUAAGUGAUGGGAGUAUAGAUUCUUGGGCUACAGAGGCAGAAGUUAUGGCAGCUGUAGAUCUCCUAAAUAGGCCCAUACACGUAUACAUAGACUUAAAGAAUAAGGACUGUUUUAAAUACGAAGGCACAAUACAAACUAUUAAAAAUAAGAAUGAUCCAAUUAAUCUUUUGUACAACAAUAACCAUUUCUCAGUUAUUGUAUUUAAAGACAAUGAAACCGGAAGAAAAUCUGAAUACUGUGGCAUAAUUAAGAAAGAUAAUCAAAAUAAAUCUAAAACAGUAAAAAUAAACCAGGUUAAAGUAAAUGAUAAAAUGCAAAAUAGAGAGUUAAACAUGACUAAGACAGAGAAUUCAAAACAGAAAGAUAGGAGACCCAAAAAUAGACAUGAUACCAAAUACACAAAAGAUAAGACAGAAGACAUUGUACUCAAUUUAUCAAGUAAAACUUUAACCACAUCCCAAAAAACAGUACUGAGUAAAGGACUUAAGUUUAUACCAACUAAAAGAUACAUCGAUAAAGAUAAACUGGCCACUGAAUUAAAGGAGUGGGAGAGACACAUGAGAUUAGCAGAAUAUUUUUUCAAUGAAAAUAUCUCAGAUUCAGAGGGUAAUUAUGAGCAUGGGAUUAAGGUUAAUAGUACCAGCACAUGGACUCCUCCGGAUGGAAGAGAUAAAUGGUUAGAUAUGUAUAUUGAAGUAGUUAAACAAGAAAUAAUGGUAGGACUAAAGAAAAGAUGUAAACGUAAUUUAACCAAUAUUGAAGAACAAGCUAUGACUGAGUUGUUAAAUGAUGAUGAUAUAAUGAUAAGACCAGCAGAUAAAGGCUCAGGAAUAGUGAUCAUGAACACAGAUGACUAUAUGAAAUCUGUACAAUGUGAAUUAAAUAAUACAGAUACAUAUGAAGAAGUUAAAAGCAAUAAGAUCAAUAAAUCGGUAAAAGAGGUUAAGGAAAUUGCGGAGAGACUAUACAAUAAAGGAAUUAUAUCAAAAGAAUUAAAAAAAUACAUGCAGCCAAAUAAUGCAAGAACAGGUCUAGCAAGAGGAAAUCCUAAAAUGCACAAAGAAAAUCACCCUCUGCGAAUGAUAGUCAGUAGACCUACUGACAUGCACCAGUAUUUACACAUGUCCUCUGCACAUCCGAUACACACUAAAAGGGCAAUCCCAAAGGGUCUAGGAAUGAGAAUACGAAGAAUAUGCUCAAAAGAAAGUGACUCUGUAAAACAAAGAAAUGUAUUAAAAACAAAUCUUAAAAAAAGAGGAUACAAAGAAACUAUUAUAGAGACGGAGUUAAGAAAAGUGGAUAAACUAAAAAGAGAUUAUAAAAAUAGAGAUAAAAAGGUCAAAAGAGUCCCAUUAAUAAUGACUUACUCUAAACUUUUGCCCAAUAUUUCUAAGAUAGUUUGGAAACACUUGCGGAUUCUACAUAAUUCAGAAAAAUUAAAAAAAGUGUUUCUUAAGGCCCCAGUUGUAGCAUUCAAAAGAGAAGCUAAUUUAGGUGAUAUUUUAGUUCACAGUAAACAUAAAAGAAUAAUUGACAGAAUAGGUUCUACGAAACAUGUGCACCAGUAGAUGUAAAGUGUGUAAAUACAUGGACAAAAGUAAAAAUAUAAUUAAACAUAAGAACACCACAUAUCCACUAAAAACUAAUACCUACUGUAAAAAUAGCAAUGUUGUUUAUGGAAUAGCCUGUGAAAAAUGUGAUGAAAUCAAAUAUGUUGGAGAGACUGGAACUACUUUUAUAUAAAAGAAUUCAGAACCACCUUUCAUUAAUUAGAAAUAAAAAAUGAAUGAACCAAUAGUACAGCACUUCACCAGUCAAGGACAUGACAUAAAUGAUGUUGUUCUGGUCCCUGUAGUUGGUUUGAGUUCAUUUUUUAAGUCAAUUCCAUUUGGCCACUAGAUGGCGCUGUUUACUGAUAAGGUCUGUUGUUUGCUUAAAUUCCUAUAUCCUGUAAAAGAAGAAUCCUUGUUAGCAUUGAAAAAUGGUGAAAGUCGCUCUGUGGAGCUGCAGAUAUCAUCAAACUCCAUCCUUCUUGCAAUUAUUUUGUAGAAGCAUUGUCUUUUUACUCAGUUCAUAAUACUGUACCUACAAACUGGUGGCAAUAAAUCAUCAUUCAAUACUACAGUUACUGGACAGAGUUUAUCUAUCUGUUAAGCUUAAGAAGGGGACUCUUUUGUGAGGGCAGAAUAGUAAAAAGACACUCUCAACGGUGAUUGCAACCUCCGGUGGACAAGAUAUCCAGUCUGCUCUACUCCUCUUCACACGUCCAAUGCAAGAUGUCAGCUUCAGAACAUAUGAGCCUUGCAACCAGGUCAGAGUGCUCACGUUCAUCUAAGUCAUCAAGACGCUCCAGCAAAUCUGCAGCAAACUUGGCUGCAUUAGAAGCUCGCGCCAAGGCUGAAGCAGCACUAGCAAGAGCAUCAUAUGCACAGAGAGAAAUAGAAGUGAAAGUGAAGAAGGCCCAGAUUAAAGUGGAGGAGACCCGCCUGGAAGCCACAUUAGAGGCUCUUCAGCAGGAGAAAGAGGCGGAGGCCGCCUUAGCUGAGGCUAAUGUCUUUGAGACAGCGGUGGAUGCAGCUGAUAUGGCACAGCUGUCUGGGGUUGACGGCAACAAACAAGGCUCAUCCUUCCAUUCUCUCGAGAGGACUGAGAAGUAUAUACAAGACCAGCAAGCCUACGUGAACUACCAUCAGCCAUCGGCAUACAAGGAAGUCUCACAUCCAGACAUCAAGGUUGAAUCGCCUCCCCCAGUUGAUCACCUCCAGCCACACGACUCCUCCCCCUCCCACAACAAGCUGGUCCAGAGCUCACAACCACGACUACAUUCUCUCUCUCGCGCCCCCACUCAUACUGGAGCACCAGCCACCUCAAGACACCCAACGACUCACCUUAUCAGAGAGCAUGUGGUGAACGUGCCUAACCCCACCUACAGGCUCCACACCUCACAGUCUCCCAGGCGCUACGCAGAUGAUGACGGCCAGCCACAUGGUGAAGAACGUCAUGAGUCCAGUGGGACCCAUUCUGAUCGUGCCAAUGUUGCAGGUCUGGCAAAGAUCCUAGCACGCCGCAACCUCCUCACAGCUGGACUCACCAAGUUCAACGACAAGCCAGAGAACUACUGGGCUUGGAAGUCAACAUUCUCCAACGCCGUAGAAGGCCUCGACCUAAAGCCCACUGAGGAACUCGACCUACUAAUCAAGUGGCUUGGGCCAGAAUCAGCUGAGCAUGUGAGAAGAAUGAGGUCCGUCCAUGUCAAUCAUCCUGCUGCAGCCCUCAGUGUGGUCUGGCAAUGGCUAGAGGAGUGCUAUGGGUCUGCUGAAGCUAUGGAGACAGCCUUCAACAAGCCUGAAUGCUUCCCGAAGAUCUCCAAUAAAGACCCCCAGCGUCUGAGAGAGCUGGGUGACCUUCUCCUCGAGUUGGAGGCAGCCAAAGCUGAAGGUUACUUACCCGGCCUGUCCUACCUGGACACUGCAAGGGGCAUCAAGCCUAUUCUGGAGAAGCUCCCCUUCAGCAUGCAGGAGAAGUGGAUGUCACAGGGGACCAGAUACAAACAGGAGCAUGGUGUCAGCUUCCCACCCUUCUCGUUCUUCUCCAGUUUAAUCCGUGCAGAAGCAAAAAUGAGGAACGACCCAAGCUUCAUCACUUCCACUUCCAGCGCAGCACCACCUAAAGGAGAGAAAUUCUCAACGAGAACGGCGAGAGCCCCUAUCACAGUGCACAAGACAGAAGUGGACAAUGCCAUCCAGAAAGAUGAAUCUAAGAAGGAUGACCCUAACAAACAAUGCCCUAUCCACAAAAAGCUGCACCCCCUGCGAAAGUGUAGAGGUUUUAGGGAGAAACCCCUAGAGGAGAGAAAAACCUUCCUUAGAGAGAACUCCAUAUGCUUUAGGUGUGUCUCCUCAACAGCACACCAGGCGAAGAACUGUAAAGCUGUCAUCCAGUGCUCUGAGUGCGAAAGCGACAAGCAUAUUGCAGCUCUUCACGCCGGUCCUGCCCCUUGGUCUCACAAAGAUGGCAUCAGCUCCUUCACACAGCAUGGCGGGGAGGAAGACAAGUCUCCCUCCUCUCCAGUUGCCACGUCCACCUGUACUGAGGUCUGUGGAGACAGUCCCCCGGGGAAGUCUUGCUCCAAGAUCUGUCGUGCUAACGUUUACCCAGAAGGUCAUCCUGAGAAGAAGAUGAGAACAUACGCCGUUCUGGAUGACCAAAGUAACAAGUCUUUGGCUAGGUCAGCCUUCUUCAAGAUAUUCAACGUAGCCAAUGACGCCUCACCCUACACAUUCAAGACGUGCUCAGGUAUCUCAGAGACUGUAGGCCGGCGAGCAUGA